AUGCAGCCUCCCCCUCAGCCCAAGACCAAGCUCGGCCGCCCCCGCCAGCUCUCCCCUCUUGCUGGUGUCCAUGUGUCUCCGCUGUGCCUUGGAGGCAUGAGCAUCGGAGACAAGUGGGACCAGUUUGGUUUCGGAGAGAUGAACAAGGAGAGCUCGCUGAAGCUGCUCGAUGCGUUCUACGAGGCCGGCGGUAACUUUAUCGACACGGCUAACAACUACCAGAACGGGACGUCUGAGCAGUUCAUCGGAGAGUGGAUGGAGCAGCGCGGUAUCCGCGACCAGAUGGUCGUCGCCACAAAGUAUACGUCGCCGUUCGUGCUCGCUAACCCGGACAUCAAGCAAAAGACCUCGUAUGUGGGGAACAGUGUCAAGUCUAUGCACCUGUCCGUCGAAGCAUCCUUGAAGAACCUUCGUACCUCGUACAUUGACAUCCUCUACGUUCACUGGUGGGACUACAAGACCAGCAUCGAAGAGGUUGUAAACGGCCUGCACAACCUGGUCGUCGCUAGCAAAGUGCUGUACCUCGGAAUCUCCGAUGCACCGGCUUGGGUCGUCUCCCAAGCUAACACAUACGCCCGGCUCACCGGUAAGACGCCGUUCGUCAUCUACCAGGGGGCUUGGAGCGUUCUCCAGCGCGACUUCGAACGCGAGAUCAUCCCCAUGGUCCGCGCGCAGGGCAUGGCCCUCGCGCCCUGGAAUGUGCUUGCGGGCGGCAAGAUCCGCACGGAUGCGGAGGAAGCGCGUCGGCGCGAGACGGGCGAAAAAGGUCGCGCGACGUUUGUAACCGGCCUGAAGUGGGAACGUGAUGAGACGCAGAAGAAGGUCUCUGCGGUCCUCGAGACCGUGGCGAGCGAGGUCGGCGCGUCCAACAUCCAAGCUGUGGCGAUCGCGUACGUCAUGCAGAAGACCCCGUACGUCUUCCCCAUAAUCGGCGGCCGCAAAGUCGAGCACCUCCACGCAAACAUCGAGGCGCUCGACAUCGCGCUAACCCCGGAGCACAUCAAGCGGAUCGAGGGCGCGGUGCCCUUCGAGCUCGGUUUCCCGACGGCCUUUGUCGGCGAUGGAACGACUUACAGCCCGUGGGGCUUCCCGGCGGUUGCUCAUGUUGAUCAAUGGCCCCUGCCUGAGGCCAUCCGCCCUAAGUCUGCCCUCUAG